GUUUCAGAAAAUUUAAUGCUAUAGGUAUUCAUAAUGGAGUCAGAUAAAGUUUUAAUGGCUAUGGUAACCGGAGCUGCAGUAGUAGGUGCUGUUGGUGCUUUUGUCUUCUGGCCUGGUUCAAAAUCCAAGCUAAGGCAAAGGAGAGGACAAAUCUCGGGAUUAAUAAAUUUUGGAAAUACUUGUUUUCUUAACACGUUGCUUCAAGCUGUUGCAUCAAGCCCUCAGUUUCUCACAUGGCUUCAACUUCACGAUUCCUUGGAUAAGAAAUCUUUAAUUUCAUCAUUACAAAUGAUUCUUGAUUGCAUAAAUGGAACACAUCCGACAAUCCGGUCAGAUCCAUCAAAUCCAGCUCCCGUAAUUCGCGCACUAAACGCUCUUGGUUGGGUCAUACCAGAAGGUGAAAAUGACCCUCAUGAACUACUUCAUGUAAUUUUAACAUCAGUCGAAGAAGAAGCACUGAAGCCAAAAAAGAUUGGAUGUUUGUCUGAUGCUUUAGGUGAAGCAAAUAUAAGCGCAAUUUCACAAGCUUUACCAGCUCGUCCAUCUUCAGCCAUGUUAACAGAAUUUGACAAAGAAUUGUACAACGAGUCUUCAAACUUGAUGAGAUUGGUGCGAUCAGAAGCUCAAACUCCUGAAUCGAAUCAAUCAACCGUUGAUGAAAAUGAAUCGAUUGAUCAUUCAAUGCUAGAUCUUGAUGAUGACAACAGAAAUCCAUCUCUACAAGAUUCACCUCCAUCAAUCAUUUCAGCAACAACUGGUCGACCGACUCGAUCUCGCAAUCCAUCAAUGAGUCAAAGUAAUGGUGAUGCAUUCAGUAAAAGAAAUUGUGGAUCAUAUAGAUCUCUUGAUCGGUUAUCUCGAGGCCCAGGACGAGUUUCAGUUUGGAGUGAAAAAGUCACAAAAAAUAUUCCACCACCUUUUCGUGGUUCAAUUAGUAGUCAACUCAUGUGCAGUGGCUGCAACUAUAAAUCAGUUGUGCGAGUUGAUAAAUUUGACAGCAUUUCGUUAAAUUUACCAGAACAAAAAGUUCAAACACUUCUAAGUCUGGGUCAGCUGUUGGGAGAAUAUGUGGCACCUGAAACUGUAAAUGAUGUGGAAUGUGAAUCUUGUAACAAAAUAGCAAAUCACACAAAAACAUUAACAUUUACAAAACUCCCUCCUUGCCUCGCAAUUCACAUCGUAAGAACAAGUUGGAGCAAUGGACAAACAACUAAACGCAACGAUUUUGUUCAUUUUCCUGAAAGUUUAUCGAUGGCUCCAUACAGUUUUAUUCAGCCGUCACUUGGGUCAAAUUGCUCUACUCCAUGGGGCAGCACAAUGUCUCUCUAUUCGGCUAGUCUUGCUAAUGCAACUCCAACAAACGAGAAUGUACCAUUCGGAUCACCUUUUACAUCUUUUGGAAUGUUUCCAAGAAAUCUCUAUCGACUUUUAGCUGUUGUGGUUCAUGGUGGCGACGGUGCAAAUACCGGACACUUCAUAACUUACCGGAGAGGUUCAUUGCGCAACUAUCACAAAUGGUAUUACACGUCAGAUCAUUUUGUCAAAGAGGUAUCCAUUGAGGAAGUUCUCGCGUCACCAGCUUAUAUGUUAUUUUAUGAUCGCAGUCAAAGUCGAAACUAAAAAGAUUUUAAAACUUUCUUUCAUGUUCAGCCUGAGAAUUUCUAAACUCUUAAAGUUUCAAGACAUGAAGAAACAUGCAAAUUUUGCAAUUCCAUCAACUAUUUCGUUUUUAAUUGCAUUUCUGUUCUUCAGUAAUAUUUUUAAGCGAUGAUAUUGAAGUGUUUUCAACGUUGAUAUUUGUGCUUUUUACUAUCAACUUUAAAAUUUAGUCAAAUCAAAUGAAUUUUGAACUCAAUUUUGUUUUAGUUUUUCACUAAGUAUAGAAAGGAAUUCUUUGAUUCAAUAUUAUUUGAUAGUGUACCCCUAUCCUUACUAAGGAAUGAACAUUCUGUUGUUUAAAAGAAAAAUUGCUAUAAUUUAAAUUAAGAAAUUUAUAUUGAAGUUAAGUCAUUGAUUCUCAAGAAUUUUGUGAAAUAAAAUUAAACUUGUUGGAA